AUGCUUGGAGAUGGAACCGAUGCCUUUGUUCUCCUUUGUUUGGGGAAAGAAUACCAGUCUUCAAUUAUUCCAGUCCCAAUCUCCUAUUCGGCUCCCGAGACUGUCAUAUGGAGAGAGAUCAGACAAGCCUGGAUUGCUCGAAGAGGUUGGAGAAGAUAUGUCUCUUUCCUUGGCGUCAAUCGCGUCGACCUAGUCGAGAUUUCUAUUGCUGGCAUGAACUUACGAAAACCUCGUGGCUCUGGUGGAGCUGCGGAAUUUGUAGGGAUGUAUACGAAAAAAGAUUUGCAAAACGAGAAGAAGCGAUUGGAGCGUAUCAUCGAUAACUACCGGCAGCAGGAUGACCCAUGCCAAUACAAUCUAUCCACAGGAAGUGUAGAUUGUUGGGAAACCUGUAUGUCAUCUAUAAUAGACGUGGAAUGCCCGGAGAAGGUGAAGUACGAUGCCGAGCGGCAACUUGAAAACCUUGAAACGCAUCGACUUAUGACCCUUGCGUUUUCUGAUCCCGAACUCGCAUCCUUGAAUGACUUUCUCCAAGGCGAGAAUGUGGUUUAUGGACACAAGGACACUCUCGCACUGAUGAACGAGUGGCAUUGCCCAAAACUUCGAGAGAUGAAAUUCCGUGGGGUCUUGGUUGAAGAAAAUUGGAAAUUUGAGUCGCAUUAUAUUCUAUUGCCUUUGGCUAUGUCUCUGCUUUUCGGCACUGUCAUUGUGGCCAAGUUUACCUUCGGUGAGUGGGGAACGGCUUGGAAUUCGGUUGACUCCAUUGACUCGGAUAAUGGCGGACGGUCUCUGGACGAGGGCUUAUAA